CCGCCACCAUCACCUGCACCACCCCAGAUGAUGUUGCAACUUGUUGGUCGCUGUGUUCGCGGCGUGUCGCCUGCCUUGAUCCACCAUGCCUCACGAAUGGCAGGUGGUCAAGGCAGCGCUGCUCUCGCAUUUGCCCUGCAACGAACGCACCGUGCAGCGUCCUCCGUCGCCCUUGAUAGCACGCAUGUUGGUCUGAACGAGGAGCAGUUGGAUGUGCUGGAGAUGUGCCGCAGCUUUGCCUACCGCGAGAUGCUGCCUUACAUGCAAGACUGGGAUGAGAAGGAGGAGUUCCCCGUCGAAACGCUGCGGCAGCUUGCUGGCCUUGGCCUUGGUGCCAUCUACGCCUCGUCGGAGUACGGUGGCAGUGGCAUGAGCCGAAUGGAUGCCAGCCUCAUCUUCGAGGCCCUCUCCCACGGCUGCACCAGCACAACGGCGUACCUGAGUAUCCACAACAUGUGUGCAUGGAUGAUUGACAAGUUUGGCACAGAGGAGCAGCGGUCCACGUUCGUGCCUGCCCUCGCUUCAAUGGAGCAAAUGGGCUCCUACUGUCUGACGGAGCCCGGCAGCGGCAGCGACGCAGCUGCCCUGCGCACCACAGCCAAGAAGGACGGCGAUGACUACAUUCUCAACGGCAGCAAGGCCUUCAUCAGCGGCGGCGGCGACACGGACGUGUAUCUGAUCAUGGCGCGCACCGGCGAGCCAGGACCCAAGGGCAUCUCUUGCUUUAUCGUGAACCGUGAUGACGGCCUCACCUUUGGCGCCAAGGAACGCAAGCUUGGCUGGAACUCGCAGCCGACGCGGAUGGUGAUCAUGGAGGAUGUGCGCGUGCCUGCAAGCAGCGUGCUCGGUGGCGAGGAAGGUGUCGGCCGCGGCUUCAACAUUGCCAUGGACGGCAUCAACGGAGGUCGCAUCAACAUUGCAUCCUGCAGCGUUGGCGGGGCGCAGGCGUCGCUGCUGCAGACGGUGGAGUACAUGAACGAGCGCAAGCAGUUUGGCAGCAAGAUCUCUGACUUCCAGGCCCUCCAGUUCCGCCUUGCCGAUUACGCUGCUGAGCUGAGCGCAUCGCGCCAGGUUGUUCGUCUCGCCGCCCGGGAACUCGACGCAAAGAGCAGCUUCACAACGAACCCCUGCCCCGCCCAAAUCAGCACGUUCCGAUCACAGCACGAGCGCCGGCUGCUGCGCAAGGCCGUCAUCAAGCGUCGCGUUGAAUACGAUAUCAUGCUUACAACGUACUCUGUGUGCAUCUCCAGCUCUGACGAUCGCGCGUUUCUGCGGCGAUUCAAGUUUGAGUCGGUCAUCUUCGACGAGGGACACAUGCUCAAGAAUAUGAAGAGCCAGCGUUACACGCAUCUCAUGAAGGUACGGGGCAAGCGGCGCAUUCUGCUGACGGGCACACCGCUGCAGAACAACCUGUUGGAGCUUAUCUCCCUCCUUGGUUUCAUCAUGCCGCAAAUCUUCUCCGAGAACAUUGACGUCCUAGCGCGCAUGUUCAAGAAGAAAGUUGACGAGCAGGAAUCCUUCUCCACGUCGCUCAUCAGCAAAGCAAAGCGGAUCAUGAUGCCGUUUGUCCUGCGGCGUGUGAAGGAUCAGGUGCUGAAACAGCUGCCGGAGAAGAAGACAGAGGUGAUUGAGUGCGAGAUGACACCAUUCCAGCACAAGGAGUACAAAUCGCUCAUGGACGCGUUCAAGCGACGCGCUGAGCGGUCUGAGGAUGACGACCUCCUUCCCGGCGACGACGACGGACAAGACAGCGCUUCGUUGCUGAACAACUGCUUCAUGCAGCUGCGCAAGAUGGCAAACCAUCCAUUGCUCCACCGCUGCCGCUACGACAACGACAAGCUGCGCAACAUGUCGUCGCUGAUCCUCAAGGAUCCAAAGUACAGGGACUGUGACCCCAACAUCGUGUUCGAGGAUAUGGAAGUCAUGACGGAUUUCGAGCUGCACAACCUGUGCUGCACCAGCCCGCCGCUCCACCCGUUCAAGCUCGAUGAGGAUGACAUGAUGCAGAGCGGGAAGUUUGCUGUGCUCAAGGACCUCCUACACAAACGCAGCGAACAGGGUGACCGGGUGUUGCUAUUCAGCCAGUUUACGACCAUGCUGAACAUCCUCGAGAGGUUUCUCACUUCUCUCGGCAUCUCCUUCCUUCGCAUUGACGGGAGCACACCCGUUGAGGAGCGUCAGGACUUGAUUGACAAGUUCACCAACGACAAAUCCAUCUUCUGCUUCCUCCUCUCAACAAAGGCUGGCGGUCUUGGGAUCAACCUCACGGCUGCGAAUGUCGUGAUUCUGCACGAUAUCGACUUUAACCCAUACAACGACAAGCAGGCCGAGGACAGGUGUCAUCGCGUUGGGCAAACAAAGCCCGUGCAUGUGAUUCGGCUCAUCAGCAAGGACAGCGUGGAGGAAGUGAUGCUGAAGCGUGCGGACCUCAAGCUGCAGUUGGAAAAGGACAUGACGCAAUCAACACUGGACUCCACUGCCGGCGUGCGCGCGUUGAUGGUGUCAUACCUCAAGGAGGCCAAGUAAUCAUCACACCCUGUUUGUCACAACCACAGGAGGAAUCUGUCGUGGUCGCAUAUCAUUUCACAUUACACGUGUGUUUGUUUGUUGAUUGAGGAGUGCGGCUCGCCCAUGCGUGCCGCCCCCACACUUCACGUCACUUUUGCUCGCUGUUGUGUCUCGUUUAUUAGUCAAAUCACUUUUGUUAGUCCCGGCUCUGUGUCCAACACUGCACGAAGACAUCUUCUUGCAGCUUCAGCAUAAACAAUUCAUCCAUG